AUAUCAUAAGGGUUUGUUGUCAUUCCUUCUGUUACUGUGACUUCUCUUUCCUGCUCCCUCUCCAUAACUUCUCUACGCCCACGCCUCGCCACGGGAUCGUCUUUUGCGCUUCUCAUCGUACGUUGUCGAAGAAUUUCCUGCCUUUCCUACAUUGGGCCAUCUGCACUGGACCUGUGCAACCCUUCCGUUAGAGUUUGAUGGACGUCUUACGAGUGUGGCUCUCAGCGUGCGUCAACGGAAAGUCAGUGAUUGGGGCUAGGGAUUUGGAGCUAGGGUUUUGUAACCAAUGAGAGGGACGCUCAGAAAUUGGAAGCGAUUGGGGAAGCAGUAGAUAGGCAAGCUUUGCGGGAGGAAAAAAAAACUGUUCCAGGAGAAAUGGCAUGACCUAAGAAUGGAGGUUCCUGUUUUGAAGGGUGAGGGUUUGGCGCAUGAAACAGAGGCAUUAAACUCGACAAAUCAGGACAAUCAGGUGAAGCCUGUUAUACAGCACCAAAGGGUCUUCGAUUGGGAUUCUAAUAAAAAUGAAAAUAUCAGGUUAGCCGAAAAUGGGAGCAAGAGGAGUAGUUUAAGCUGUGAUGAUAACGUUGGAGGAGUUGACAUUGGAAUGGGGUUGAAGAGAAAAGAUUAUUUGAAUGAUCAGGUGCAGAUUGGUGGUCGAGUAUUGUCCUUAGUGUCCGAAGGAGCUGACAACAAGAUAUCUGAUGAUGCAGAGGCACUAAACUUGACAGUUGAGAAUGAGGAUGCGGAGCCAAAUGUGCAACAAGAAUGUGACUUAGAUUGGGAUAUGAUUAAAGGUGGAAGUGUGGGGUUUGUUGAUGACGGGAGUAAAAUCAGUACUUUAAGCUAUGAUAAUAACAUUGGAGGGGUUGACAUUGAGGCGGAGGUGAUGAGGAAAGUUUAUUUAAAUGAUAAAGUGCAGAUUGGUGGUCCACUAUUGCACUCAGUGUCAAAGAGAGAAGUCAGUAAAACAUCUGAUGGAGAGACAACUGAGAAUGGGGAAGUGAAGCCGGUCAAUCAACAACCACGUGACUUAGAUUGGGAUGUGAGCAAGAGUGAAAAUGUUGAAUUGACUAAGGCUAGGAUUAAAAGGAAUACUUUAGGGUCUGAUCAUAUCUUUGAAGGACUUGAUAUUGAGAUGGAUUUGAAGAAGAAAAGUAAUUCAAUUGAUAAAGUGAAGACUAGUGGUCGAGUAUUGCGCUCAAUGUCAAAGAGAGUAGACAGUAAGAUAUCUCAUGGUGGAGAAGCUGAUGUGGUGUUGAUUGCAAAAAAUGGAGAGAAUGACCAUGUUUGGUUUGAGAAAAAUAAGGUUAAGGUAGAAAAGGAAGAAGGGGGUGAUUUUGUUAUUAGCAGUUAUAAUGAGAAGGAAGUUGUUGAUGUGAAAAUGGAUGGCAAUAAAAGAAGGAAGUUGAAACGGAAGCGUGGCAGGCCCCCUAAACUGAAGAUGGAAGAGCAAGAUCAAUCAGUUGGUAAUAUGCAACAGAAAUGUGGCAGUCCUCCCAAAUUGAAGAUGGAAGAGCAAGAUCAAUUUGUUGGUAACAAGCGACGGAAGCGCGGAAGGCCUCCCAAAGUGAAGAUAGAAGAGCAAGAUCAACUAGUUGGUAAGAUGCAACGGAAGCGUGGAAGGCCCUUCAAAGUGAAAGAUCAACUAGUUGGUAAUAUGCAACGGAAGCGUGGAAGGCCCUUCAAAGUGAAAGAUCAACUAGUUGGUAAUAUACAACGGAAGCGUGGAAGGCCCCCCCAGAUGAAGAUGGAAGAGCAAGAUCAACUAGUUGGCAAUAUGCAACGGAAGCGUGGACGGCCCCCCAAAAUUAAGAUGGAGGAGCAAGAUCAACUUCCUGGCCAAAAAAUGCCAUGGAAGCGUGGAAGGCCCCCCAAAAAUGGGCAGAAAAUUAAUCAUCUGGAAAUAGCACGAAACAGAAAAGGAAAGGCAGGCUUUCAAAAAGGCAAGAAAGGUGUAACUGUGAGAAACGGUACAAAUAUGAAUGCAACUGAUGAUAUGUGCUUGGAAAGGGGAUCUUGUGUAAAAGAAUCAAAAAAGAGAUUUUCUCCUGUUAAGAAAAAAGAAUGUGGGAGUCUUUUGAAAACCAAAAAUAGUGCAUUGACUUCACCAUUAAUAACAUAUUCUGCAAAUCCUCUCAUUAAGAAGAAAGAAGGAAUGAUUAAAGAGAAGCAGGUGGUGAGGCAACGCAUUUUGGAGCUGCUCUUGGCUGCAGGCUGGAUUAUUGAUUACAGACCUAGGAAUGGCAAAGAGUAUAAUGAUGCAGUGUAUGUUAGUCCCGAUGGAAGGACUCACUGGUCUGUUACCUUGGCCUACAAAAGGCUUCGGAAGCAUUCUGAAGCUGGUGAUGGUGAAGGUAAGGUAUACAUUCCAGGUUUCAAAUUUGUGCCCAUACCAUUGGAGAAAUUCAAUAUCCUAACUAAGCUUGUUAAAAAGAGAAGGAAAGAUAAAGGUAAAUUGAAGCAAACAGGAGUAAAAGUGAAGAGAAAAAUGUCACUUGUUGAGGAGGACAAUUUAGACAAUACAUCACAUAAGAGGUUUCCAGUUCUUGUCAAGGAUCGUAAACGGCAGAAAACGCACAAUAAGAAGCAAAGUGUCUUUAUGGUUCGCAAUGCUGAGGAGAUAGAUUCGGAAACUAAUGGAUAUGUACUUUAUGCUGGAAAGCGAACGUUGAUUGCUUGGAUGAUUGAUCUGGGGACAGUCCUGCAAAAUGAGAAGGUUCACUAUGUGAAUGACAGAAUAAAAGGUGGAAAACUGGAGGGCAGGAUCACAAGAGAUGGAAUUCAUUGUGACUGCUGCAAUGAAGUCGUAACAAUGUCAGAAUUUGAAGCCCAUGCGGUAAGCAGUUUCGCUGAUCCACUCAAAAAUAUACAUAUAGAGAGAGGAAUUUCCCUUCUGCAAUGCCUGCUAGACUCAUGGAAUAAGCAGAAUGAACAUGAAAGAAAAGGCUUCCAUUUUAUUGACACUACAAGUGAAGACCCUAAUGAUGAAGCAUGUGGUGUCUGUGGAGAUGGUGGAGACUUGAUCUGUUGUGAUAAGUGCCCAUCAACAUUCCAUCAAAGCUGCCUAAAUAUUAAAGAGUUCCCACCUGGCAACUGGCGCUGCAUUUAUUGUUGUUGCAAAUUUUGUGAGCUGGUUGAUGGAAGUACAAAUGAAAGAACUGGCCAUGAUGACUUUACUACAUCUGCUUUGCUUAGAUGCCGUUUAUGCGAUCAAAAAUAUCAUAGAUCUUGUGUCGAGGUAAAUGGUAUCCAAGCUGAUGACUCUAAUUUUGCAUUCUAUUGUGGAUACAGAUGUGAGGAGUUAUCCAAGGGACUUGAAAUGCUUCUUGGGGUCAAACAUGACAUUGAAGAUGGACUUUCUUGGACUUUCAUUCGCCGGUCAGAUGUUGGCUAUGAUGCUUCACAGAUUGAAUCCCAGAUGGUUGAAUGCAAUUCCAAGCUGGCUGUUGCAUUAUCUGUAAUGGAUGAGUGCUUCAUGCCAUAUAUUGAUCAUAGAACUGGGAUUAAUCUCAUCCACAGUAUUCUUUAUAAUUGUGGUUCAAACUUCAAUCGCCUGAGCUAUACUGGUUUUAUUACUGCUAUCUUGGAGAGAGGCGAUGAGAUCAUUGGUGCAGCAUCUAUUAGGUUUCGAGGGAACCAACUAGCAGAAAUGCCAUUCAUUGGGACCCGCUAUAUGUAUAGGCGUCAAGGAAUGUGCCGUCGGCUUCUGGGUGCCAUUGAAUCGGCACUUGGCUCUUUGAAUGUUGAGUUAUUGAUCAUACCAGCAGUCUCAGAAGUCAGAGAUACUUGGACUUCUGUUUUUGGGUUUGAGCCGCUUGAAGUGACCAGGAAACAAAUGAUAAAGAAUUUCAGUCUGUUGGUAUUCCCUCAUGUAGAUAUGUUAAUGAAAGAGAUAAAGAAGCCUAAAGUUGCUGAUGAAAAUCUGAUUCCUAUAGAAGUUUCGAAUCCCGAAAUUCAGAAGAAUCAAAGUGCAUUGGAGGAAGCAACUGCCUGUGAUGAGCCAAGUUCAUCUGGGUCUGAUUUGAUCAUUUCUGCUGGGAGUGGGAUCCCUGCGUUGGAUAUAUGCCCAGUGAAUGAUAGACAUGUGUCAGUCGUAUCUGGUUCUCCUCAUGGCUUAUUGGAUAACCCACAUCACAUUACUAGUGAGUCUGUAAAUCCUGAUCCGAGUCCACAAGAUGUAAAAUGUGAAGUUGGAUGCCCUGCUGUCGGUGAUAGUUUGACAGUGGAAGGCAUGACUGCUUUAAAGGCACAUGAUUAUGUUAGUGCUGCUCAUGUACAAGCUGAAGAGAUAAUCAAUCGUGACUGCGUUCAAUCGGAUCCCCUAGAAUCGAAAGAAAUAAAUUCUGAAUCUAUCAAUGGCUGCGUGUCUCAGCAGAGACCCGGUGGUUAUUGUGCCGUGAUGAAGUGAACCUCGAGACCACUAAAGCUGAUAAAUCAGGCGUGCGUGUUGCAAAAGCAACCAAUCUCCAUAGUUUCGUACAUUCUGGAGAUUGCCAAUCAGUACGGAUAGCUUCAGGUUCCUUCGAGGAUAUCGCAAACGGUGUAAAUGAGAGGAG